GCACACUUUAUUUUCUUUAUCGCACGUCAACGUCCCGAACAUUUCGUGCUUAGUAAUAACUUUCCGACCUAAGUGGUGGGUUUUGUCAGGUUUUAUCCGCAUCUUCACCCCUAUCUAGUUUGAUUUUCCCAUACCUAACAACAAUAGUAGUACAGUCGGUGUUAUUUUACAUAAAGGUCGCCUCGCCAUGGCUCAGAAUGAUACUGUUACGGUGUUAAAGCUGAAUGACGGGUCUUGCAUGCCAGCGAUUGGACUGGGAACUUUCGCACCGGCUGGAAGCGCCCAAAAAGGUGACUGUGCUAAAGCCAUAAAGUAUGCUAUUGAGGUGGGUUAUCGUCACUUUGAUGGGGCAUUUUCGUAUGAGAAUGAAGAUGAAGUGGGUGAAGCUUUAAGGGAGAAGAUAACAGAUGGAACAGUGAAGAGAGAGGAUAUCUUUUACACUGGAAAGCUUUGGUGUACUUACCUCCGUCCUGAGCUGGUGCGCAAAGGAUUGGAAAAGAGUCUGAAAAGCCUGCAAUUCGACUACAUUGAUCUCUUCAUUAUUCACUGGCCUGUUCCCCUGCAGCCUGGUGAUGAUUUAGCCCCUAAAAAGGAGUCUGGAGAAAUGAUAUAUGACAACGUGAAUCUUUUAGCCACAUGGGAGGCUUUGGAGGCAUGCAAAGAUGCAGGUCUGGUGAAAUCUAUUGGUGUGUCAAACUUCAAUGCCAGACAGUUGGGGGAGAUUUUGAAUAAAACAGGACUCAAGUACAAACCAGUCUGCAAUCAGGUGGAAUGUCAUCCAUAUCUAAAGCAGGAGAAACUUCUGGAGUUCUGUAAAUCCAAGGAUAUCGUUCUUGUUGCCUACAGUCCUAUUGGAUCAUCUCGAGAUCCUAAGUGGUUUCAGGUCUGCAUGUCGUGGUUGUGCUACCCAUGUUACCUGUGA